GUCUUAACUGACAUAAUACAACUGCAGACAUGACUUUUAGUGUUCUGUUGGCAAGUUUGCUUUGUUAUGGAAGUCUGAUUCAGUGCCAUAAAAAUGAGAUAGUUGAAGAUCUACUUAACGUUAUCUUCAAACUGAAGAACAGUAAAGGUCACGGUGGAGGUCAAACGUCUAGCCCAGCUUUUACUGCUACUCUGUCGAAGGAUUUAACUCCGCCAGUCAAUCAGAUCAUUAUAUUUGACUCCGUGAAGACAAAUGUUGGUGGACAUUACUCGUCUAGUACUGGAGUAUUUACGUCACCUAGGAACGGCCUUUGUAUGAUAUCUGCAACUAUGAGGUCAACCGCUUCAAAGCAUUUGCAUUGUGAGCUAUGGGUAAAUGAAGCUAUGAAAGAAAAGAUCUUUGGCACAAAUCUAUCGACCGGAACGAUAAACGCCGUCUUACAAUUAAAGACAGGAGACAAGGUUUUCAUAAAAAAGGACCAUCGUAGUGGAGAAGGUAUAAUUGGAGGUGAUUGGUCAAUGUUUUCUGGUUAUUUCAUUGUAUAAAAAAGUCUAAAUUUAGUAUCAAUGAUUACUUUUAAGAAUCCUUUAGA